AUGCGAACUGCACUCAAUAUUUCGGCAAGAGUUAUCCAUGAUGAAGUGAAGUCUGUUUAUGGCGAUGAAGCUCCUGAGGAAACUGAAGAUAAAGUGCGACCUGAUAAACCUAUCACUGAAACAACAAUUGAAAACAUUGAACAAGUUCGGCUUCUUAUUGAUGAUGAUCCUCACAUGGCAACAGAAUAUAUUCAAGAACAAACUGAUUUAAGGAAGAUAACUGCAUGCUAUGUACCUAAAGAUCUUACCGGUCUUCAGCAAACCGAACAGGUUCGAAUAUGCAAGCAAAACUUAGAUCAGAGGGGAUGGGUCUCGGUUCCAUCACAAGCAGAUUGGUCGAAAGGUAUCAAAUGA